AUGGUGUUGCCACUUCCAAAACUCAUCCAGUCGAAUGAAGGGAGAGUGUUAUACCAUAUUGCAAACCACCCUAUAAGGACAGUUAAAAAAAAGAUCGAAAGUUUCUUCAAAUACGAAUCUUUGGAUAACCUAAACAGUGACAUCAGCGUGAGGCAAAACUUCGACGAGCUAUUUGUGCCCCUCACACACCCCGCUAGGAAUAUAAAAGAUACUUUUUACUUGUGUAAAAAUUACGUAAAAUAUUUUUCCACUCUCCAUAAUGAUCUGUACACUCGGCUAGAAAAUACCAAUGGCAUUUAUAAGUACUACUUAACCACGAAAUUGGUGGGUCAUCACAAAAUCCUGCUGAAGAGGACCCAUAUGACCGCUCAUUUACCUGACCUGUUAAGGCGAAAUUACAAAAAUGUUAUCUACACGGGAAGUGUCUACAGAAGGGACGAAAUCGAUAGGUUCCACUUUCCCAUUUUUCAUCAGACCGAUGGGUUUCUUAUCCGCCCAGACAACUUUGACGUCGAAACGGAUUUGAAAACGAACCUUCAACAGCUGAUUCGCUACUUGUUCGAUGCUUCGGAUAUAAAAAUGAAAUGGGAUGGUAACACGUCCUUCCCGUUUACAGACCCGUCGUACGAGCUGUACAUCAGAGGGGUACCAUCAGGGGGAAGAGGCACUACGCGAGAUGAUAACAACGGGGGUGCUGCUUCUGCAUCCUUACAGGGAGACCCUCGAGGUGGGGAACCCCCCUGGGUGGAAGUCCUCGGGUGCGGGAAAAUCAAAAAGGAAGUCAUCGCCAUGGCCCUGCACGCGGAAGAUAUACGCCAAAUGAUAGAGGACGAGAUUGCCCGCCAUGACAGGGGCCUCCUGGGCGAGCUCCACUCGAUGGAGGCCGCCGCCAGUGGGGCAGCCGCGGAGGGGACCGCCCCUAACGAGGUUACUCCCAAUGUGGCUACCCCUAACCCGGCUACCUCUAACGUGGCCCCCCCCAAGGGCAUCCUGGACAAGCUCUGCAGCGCCCCCCUCAACAACCGCAUAGAAACUCAAAUGAACAAAUUCUUGAAAACGAUUAGGUACCAAGGGUGGGCCUUCGGAAUAGGACUCGAACGACUAGCCAUGCUGCUCUACCACAUCCACGACAUACGUCUGUUUUGGAGCACCGACAGUAGGUUCAUAGACCAGUUUGAGGAAGACGUAAUAACCAAAUUCCACCCCUUCAGCAACUUCCCUCCUGUGGAAAAAGACAUCUCCUUCUAUGUCAGCAGCCAAUUUAAAGAAGCUUUAUUCUUCCAAAUCUGCAGAGAUAUAGCUAGCGAAAAUAUCGAGCAAGUGAAAAAAAUAGAUUCCUACCACAACCCCAGGAAUAACCAAACGAGCGUCUGCUAUAGAAUAACCUACCGCUCCCACAGCCAGAACCUCACCCAUAAGGCUGUCAAUGAGUUGCAAAGUAAAAUUGCCCAAAUGUUGGUGAAGCAGUGUGCAGUCACCAUCCGGUAA